AUGUUGGAGUACUUCACCUACAAAAAAGUCAAGAAGCACAAGGCCGAAAAGUCUGCCAAGGACGAAGCCAAGCAGGAAGCUGAGGAUGCAAGAGCGGCAGACACCUCCGCCACGGACACCAAGAACGAGCAGGAGCAAGCGCAUCACCGCAAACACCAUGGCGACAAACACGAAGCGGUCAUUCGCCCUGACGACGAGAGCUUCCUCGAGGAACUGCUCGCCAAUGAUGACAUACCGCCGCCGCCACUACCCCCGCGCCUCUACUCCCGCGACUUAGAUUGGCAUUCGGACAACGAAGACGCAACCCCAUCUACCAGCCAACUUCCCACCGACGGCAAAGACAAAGGCAAAGAAAAGGAAAGCCAACCGAAGAAGCAGAACCGCCUCUCCGCACUCUUCACCCGCUCCAAACCAAAGACAGACACCCUCCAACCUUCCGCGGCCACCACGCCCGCCGAACAAGAAAAAGAGAAGAAGGACCUCUCCAAAGUCCUCGACCGGCUGAACCUCUCCGUGAAAAACAACAAAGUCAUAUCCACCGACUCCUCAGCCGCCCUCCAAUCCUUCACAAACGUAUUCAAAGAUUUGGUGAACGGCGUGCCCACCGCCUACGACGACCUCAUGAAGAUCAUAGACGACAAGGACGGCGCCCUGGCCAAAGGCUUCGACAAGCUGCCCAACUCGCUCAAGAAGCUCGUCACCCAGCUCCCCGACAAGAUCACCUCCUCCCUGGGGCCGGAGUUGCUUGCCGCCGCAGCAGCCAGCCAGGGCAUCAAGGCGGAUAGCAAGGGCGGGCUUAAAGGCACAGCGAAGAGCGUGUUCAUGCCGACGAAUCUGGCGCAGCUUGUUACCAAGCCGGGUGCGAUUGUGGGCAUGUUGAGGGCCAUUGUGGAGGUUUUGAAGACGCGGUGGCCGGCGUUUAUUGGGAUGAAUGUCAUUUGGGGGGUGGCUUUAUCCCUUUUGCUGUUUGUGUUGUGGUAUUGCCAUAAGAGGGGGAGGGAGGUGCGUCUUGAGAGUCAGCAGACGGUUGAUGGGGGUGAUAGGAUUGAGGAGUUGGAGGAUGAUCCUGCUUUGCCGGCUCCGGAGGCGGAUGAGUCGUCUGUGGAGGGAGGUGCUAGGAAGAGUGAGAGGGAGACGGAUGUGUCUGCUGUAGAGGGAGGUGCUAAGGAUGAGAGGGAGACGGUUCAAGCUGAGCGGUAG